UCAGCCAAGUUUACAGUUCAGCCACUGCUCUGAGCCACGUUAUACGUGGACAAACAAAACAUGCUCAUCUAGAGCCACGUCAUAUAACCUGGAAGAUGACAUUCCCUAGCAUAAUCACUGUAAGUUUUUAUAUUGACAAGAGGCGAGCCCGAUCUAGGCCACAAUAUCCUCAUCUCCUAAAUUGGAAACAUGGGUUCCCAGUCCUCUCAGCUUCACUUUGUAUUGUUACCAUUUCUAGCUCAAGGCCAUUUAAUUCCCAUGGUAGACAUUGCAAAAUUGUUGGCACGGCAAGGUGUGAUGGUUACCAUUGUCACCACGCCAAUCAAUGCUGCUAGAUUUGAAACAUUUCUUGCUCGUGCCAUACAAUCCGGCCAACAAAUACAGUUAAUUGAACUCUCGUUUCCGUGCGAAGAAGCUGGAUUACCAGAAGGCUUUGAAAAUUUUGACCUGGUUACGACAAUCGACUUAGCCGCGAACUUCUUUAAUGCCACUGGCAUGCUUGAAUUGCCUUUUGAAAAUUUGUUCAGACAGUUAACACCUCGGCCAAGCUGCGUAAUUUCUGACAUGUGCUACCCUUGGACAACGAAAAUCGCUAGCAAGUUCAAUGUUCCCAGGAUUACUUUCUAUGGAUUUUCUUGCUUCUGUCACCUGUGCAUGUACAACUUGCUGACGUCCAAGGUUCACGAGAAUAUUACCUCUGACCAUGUAUACUUCGUCGUUCCUGGCUUGCCUGAUAAAAUUGAAAUGACGAAAGCUCAAUUACCAGAAGCCUUACGUGUGAAAAAUUUCAGUGAAAAAAUUUCUGCAUCUGAAAUGGCAUCGUACGGGGUUGUUAUAAAUACGUUUGAGGAACUAGAGUCAGCUUAUGUUAAUGAAUACAAGAAAGCAAAAAAUGGAAAGGUAUGGUGUAUUGGCCCUGUUUCAGCAUGUAAUAAAGACAACGUCGACAAAGUUCACAGAGGCAACAGAGCAUCAGUUGAUGGAUCUGAAUUUUUAAAGUGGCUUGAUUCUUGGCAACCCAGCUCUGUCAUCUAUGUUUGUCUUGGAAGUCUUUGUAACUUAGCAACUGCACAACUGAUAGACCUUGGCUUGGGCUUAGAAGCAUCAAAGAAACCUUUCAUUUGGGUUAUAAAGGAAGGAAUCAAAUCAAGAGGGUUAGAGGAGUGGCUUUUAGAAGAAAAGUUUGAGGAAAGAAUUAAAAGGAGAGGUCUUUUGAUAAGGGGUUGGGCUCCGCAAAUACUAAUAUUGUCACAUCCUGCAAUUGGAGGAUUCUUAACACAUUGCGGCUGGAAUUCUUUAACAGAAGGGAUAUCUGCCGGAGUGCCAACGAUUACUUGGCCACUUUUCGCAGACCAAUUUUGUAAUGAGAAGUUAAUUGUUCAAGUUCUAAAGAUUGGUGUGGAGAUUGGGGUGGAAGUUCCACUAACCCUGGGGAAGGAAGAGGAGAUUGGAGUGCUGGUAAAGAAAGAAGAUGUUGAAAAAGCUGUAAACAUACUCAUGGAUGAAGGAGAGGAAAAAAAUGAGAGAAGAAGAAGAGCCACUGAAUUUGCAGAGAUGGCAAACCGAGCAAUAGAAGAAGGCGGAUCUUCUUACAUCAACAUGGCAUUAUUAAUCCAAGACAUAAUGCAACAAGCCAAUUGUUGUAGCCCAAACUAAAGUGUAAUUUGCGUUGAUAUUAUGUGUACAUUGUUUCUGGUUUAUUAGUCCUUACAUUUCAGUUUAUGAAUAAACAGUCAAGUUAUUUAGCUAUA